ACAGGCGGGAUCGCGACCGAAAAGUAUCGCGUACGGCGAUACGGUCCGGUCAACACGUGGAUUCACACGCAGCUACGCGAUCGCGACGACGCGGGGCGAGGCGAGGCGAGGGGAAGGGGAGGCCUGCCUUUUGGAAAUUGCGUCUUUCCGUCCGCGAGAGACGAGCUCGCCGACGGGGCGCAGUGCCGUAGGCGACGCGCGACGGCACCUCGAACUAACCGGGUGGCCUGUCUCGUGUUAUGCUGGCUCGUUCUCUUGCCUCGUUUGCGAAACGAAAGUUUCCUCUCUCUCUCUUUCUCUCUCUCUCUUUUCCCUUUCGUCGAACGACAACGAGAAGAUUGACGCGAUGGCGUGCCGUCUCGAGCGACGACGCGCACGAGCGAGCGAGAAAGCGAGCGCCGGCGUUUGCGAGAUUAUGUUUCCGCGAUUAGGUUUUCCCUUUCGUUCGGCCCACUGCCGUACAUAUGAGAACGCCACGUAGGUAGGUCUUGUAUAACAUCACCCUCCCCGUGAGAUAACGCGUCGAUUGUCCGAUUGCGAAUCGAAAUGACGUGCGCUCCGUUUCACGAACAGUCGACGAUUAUCGCGCUCACGUGACACGCGGUUCCCUUGCGCUUUAUCGCGGUCAUCUGUCUUUAGACUCGCGUAAAUCGCGUGCGUCGGCUCUAAUCGCGCGAUCGAGCUCAUUUCCCGCCACAAACACUGCAGAAGCGAAACGGAAGUUGGCGGAAAUUCAAUUCGCGAUAAUUAAUCGCGACGCGUCUAUCCUCGCGUGUCUACCCGCGACGUUGCGUCCGACAAUCGUACCCGAGGAGGAUACGUCGAAGAAAAUUACAAGACUCGGCGUCGUACGGGAUAUGCAGACACGUGGCAACUCUCGUUACGGCCCUGACGGCUCUCGCGCUGUCAGAGUGCGACAGUGCGCCGGACGCUCGCUUGACUAAGGGAGUGCCCGUGCCGAUGCAAAGUGUAAGUGAAGUGGCCUACAGACCUACAUUUGUCUAACGUUCCAUUUUUUCACGGGCCGACGGACAGGAGGUUAACAGAUACGCGCGCGAACUCCUCCAUUUUUUUCUCUAAGCGUGGCGUGUGCGUGCGCGGUGCAAUGCCGUCGUCCCGUGAUACACCGACGUACGACGGCUGACGACGGAUUGUAGAUAGAUAGAGAGACAGAGAGAGAAAGAGAGACGAAGAAAGCCGCCGGAGCGAGGGAGUGAGCUAGCGAGCGAGCUAACCGAGGCGGCGGUGCAGUUUCGAUACGCUGUCGGACACGGCGCGCGCGGGGCGCGUAACAGUGAAAAGAGACGGUAGAAGAGAGAGAGAGAGAGAGAGAGAGAGAGAGAGUGAGGUGAAAGACACGUCGCGAGCGUGCGCAAGUGCGACGAAGAGAAGGGCCCUCGUGGGCAAAAGCGUGAGAGGGAAAGUGUGAGUGAGACAUUGAGCGCGAGAGAAGAGAGAAAGAGAGGAGCGUGGAAAAAGACGGGAACGAAGCGCGCGCUACCGCGGGACGGAAUUGCGAAGAAAGAGAGAGUAGGAGCGAGAGAACGAACGAGAGAGAGAGAGAGAGAGAGAAGGUGAAAGAAAGAAAGAGAUCGAAAGGGAGCACGUAAAAGAGUGUAGGUGUUCUUUCGAGGAUAAGUGCGUACGCUCGCGGGGACGACGUGGAGGAGAGAGGAGGAGGGACUCCUUGCCUGCCUGCCUGUCUGUCCGUCUGUCUGCUGGCAUAUACGGGGGCCGAAUGGAUACGAGGACAGGGGAGAGCGGGGGUGAGCCCGCGGCGACGAUCCUCGACAACAAUACCGGCAUCGCUACGACGGCGGGCCCUCUCGCGGAAUCAUCCACGUCGUCGUCAUCGUCGUCGUCGUCGCCGUCGGCGUCGUCCUCCUCCUCCGCCGUGGCGCCGACGGUGAUCCUGACGGAAAGUACCGCUACGAACGCCGGUAAUCUGUCCUUGACGGGAUCGUCCCAACAACAGAGCCUGCAUCAGGUACAUCAGCAGCAACAAACACGACAGCGAGUCAAUCUCAUCGCCGACGUAGCCGCCAAUGAUGUCACAGAUAAAAAUUGGAGGAGCUACAAUGGUUACCGCAUCGUCGAACAACUUCCAGGAGAUGACGUCUCCACAGUACAUUUUUCAAUAUUUAUUAAUGAAAAUUUUACCAAAUAUACAUUAAGGACCUACUUUAAGAUGUAGCUAGAGAUUUUUUAACAAAAAAAUUCUUUUUGUGAAAAAAAAAUUGUCAAAUUUCCCCCUAUUUUUCCUACCGCUAGGUGUAUGUAGCCCCUUAAGGUAGCCUCAGAUAAUCUGAGGUAAUCUAAGGUAAUCUUAAGUAAUCUGAGGUAAUUUAAAGGUAAUCCGUAUCAAGGGUAAUUUUUGUACACUAUAACCACUAGUGACCUAUCCCUCGAGAUGUAGACAAAUCAUGUCUGAAACAUUGGCAAAACGUUCUGAUGUAAA